AUGAGCGGGGUCAAGAACCUGCGCGCCAUGUUUGAGAACAAGGGGGACGACCCGAGUCCUCCUGACCGCGGGAGAUCUCCUGGCAUACCAGGCAACAGCGGUUCAAACUCUCCUCGACCUCUCUCAAAGGUACGAUCCAGCUUUGUGGCUAUCGAAAAGGACGGUGUAAUUGGGCUACGGAGGGAUCCAAGCUACGAGCCUAGUCCCUCGAGACGCCCUCCCAGUACCGACAUGGAGACUGCCUCAAAUUCGUCGGUGGUUGGUGCCGAUGACACAUACAAAACUCCCCGCAAGCGCUUUGGAAACGAUCCUAUCCCCGAGUCGCCUCGAGAUAUUUCGGCUCCAAUUGGCAGAGAUGCCUUUCAAGAGAAGCUCGCUGCAGUGGCAGAGAAGUCACACCCCAAGCCCGAAAAGCCAGUGGAAGAAGAACCUACCAAGCCUAUCGAGAAGCCAGAGCCCGUGAAGUCAGAGUCCGUGAAGCCAGAGCCUGUGAAGCCAAUUGAAAAGCCUGUUGCUGCGGCUGCACCAAUCACGAAGCCAGCACCCGCCGAAAAUGCUGUUGCAGCAGCACGUGCAAGGUCGAAGUCUCCAGUCAAAAUUUCUGCUCCUGAAGAGAAGGCCAAGCCUACUUUGAAGAAGGACACUUCGAAGGAGAAUGAGAAACCGAAGGACAAGACCAGGCUGGCUGUUGCGAAACCCGCGGUUGUCAGGAAAGCUGCCUCAACGACGGCUCUUGCAGCGGCCAACAAGUCAGCGGCCCCUACAAAAUCGGCAAGCAAAGCCCAAUCCGGGCCUACAAAAUCAACUCCUUCAACCACAGCAAAACCUUCAGAUGCCAAACCCACAUCCCGACUGGCUGAACGCGCCGCAGCAAGAAAACCAGCAACCACCACGACCAGCAACACCAAUGCCACCAAAACCACGAGGCCCCCUCCCCUCAAACCCACACAAGCGUCCGACACGGGAUUUGUCAAGCCAAAGCCCAAGUCACCAACCAAGCCCGUCCAUUUGCCAGCAUCCUUGACUGCACCCACAGCUUCCUCAGUGUCCAAGGGGAACGCCGUACGGGGACAAUCCAAAUCUUCGCUGCAAGCCCCUGCGACCACAAACCGAGCUCCCAGCAGGACGAGUGUUACAAACUCAGGAACGUCAAGCAAGCCAACGAAACAGUCUUCCACCACCACCCGAGGCCGACCCAGCCUCGGCGUUCCUCCCAAAAAGGCAGAACCCGAAGCAGCCCCAAAGCGAGAGUCCCAUGUCGAUGAAAGCUUCCUGGCACGUAUGAUGAGACCGACUCAGGCCUCAUCCUCCAAGACGACCGAGAAGGUGCCCUUGACACCGCCCAAGAAAACCACCCAUUGGGUUCCGUCCAACGGCGCCAGCGGCUCCCGGCGAAGCAGUAGUGUCAGGGCAAGCACCCAGCCUGGAUCGCCGUCUACGGCACGCAGCGUUGGAUCCAACGGGGAGGAAUCCUCACUUUUGGCUGUGGAUGAGUCGGCACUAGAGAUUGAAGAGCCUGAGCCUGCCGUUCCAGCUCCAGCUCCAGCUCCAGCAAAGCAAAUCGUCAAGGCCGUCGAAGUGGCCCCCGUGAAGGAGCCAAAGAUCAACGCCCCUAAAGCUGAAGUGAAGCCCGAACCCGAAGUCGAGGUCCAGCCCGAACCCAAGGUGGAAGCGAACCCUGAGCCCGAGAUCGAGCCAAAGGUCGAGAUCAAGUCUGAGCCCGAACCUGAGAUUAAGGCUGAGCCCGAAGCUGAGGAGGCCAAGCCGGAGCCCGAGAUCGAGGAGACGAAACCUGAGCCUGAGGUCGAAGAGGUCAAGCCGGAACUUGAGGUAGAAAUCAAGACGGAACCGGAAGUCGAGAUCAAGUCCGAGCCUGAACUUGAAAUUAAGCCUGAGCCCGUACCGGAGGUGGAAGCCAAGCCUGAGCCCGUGCCUGAGGUGGAAGUCAAGACCGAGCCUGAAGUUGAGGUCAAGACUGAACCAGAAGUUGAGACCAAGGCCGAACCUGAGGUCGAAAUCCAGCCCGAAGCUGAAGCCAAGCCCGAGGUUGCCAUCACCUCUGAUGCUGAGGUCAAGCCCGAACCCCAGCUGCCCUCCGCUGACGAGAAGACGGCCGACUCUGCCACCCAGCCAAACACUAGUAAGGAUAGCAUAAGUGCUCCCCUUGCAGUCGAAGAAGAGCAGACUAUCCUUACGGAAGACAAGAAGCCCGAGGCUAGUGAAGUGUCUGCAGUCGCUUCAUCAUGA